GAAGCGGCAGCGGCUGUUGACUUCACAUGGAGAGCAAACCAACGAAUAUAGAAGAAAGCAAGGAGGCGAUGUCGUGGAAUUAGCCAAAUGGAAGAGAUGUUUGACGCCCGCAGGAGCACGAGCAGAUCUCUCACUGUUCCUCUCAAUUGAAGGCUCAACCGAAAUCGAAAGAGGAGGGAGCUUUUCCUUGUAUUUGACACAAACCCUAAGUCUCGCAGCGGAAGCAAGACGGAGUGGGAAGAAGGUGGUAAGUUCGUCUUGGUUCCUCGCCCGUCGUCCUGUUUGUCUCUUCUCGUUGGUAUCAUUGAGAAAGUCGACUGCUUUUGGACUCCGAGCCGCUCAAUAGAGGUGUUAUUACCGUUCGGACUGGCGUUGGGAUGUCUUCGUUGUCGGAGUCGAUGUGGCGGCUCUACUUCAGAUUCCAACGGGCCAAGAGGAAGAGAUUAAUGUGAGGAAAGCAUCAACGGGCCAAAGAUUGGAUUUUUAACUUCUUUGAAGGUCCUUGGUUUUCUUCCUUGAAGAAAGAUCUAGUUUUUAUGACAUGCUGGUUUGAUUUUUUUUUCACAUUUGGAUGGGUCCUGGAUUCUCGUCUUCGGUUUGCUAUAUUUUUGCUCUGGGAAGCGAAAGGAGAUGUUGGGUGGGUUUCAGAGAGAUUUCUUCUUUCUAGUUAAGAUUCGCUUGUUUCAGAGUUAGUUGAGUGGACUCUAGCAGUAUAUGGAGAACUGAAACAUUUGCCUUGUUUCUUUUCAACUGCAUGGAAUACCUCAUCUCGUCAUAUGUUUGGAUGGGAAAGUUCUUUCACUCUCUUGUAUUGAUAACUGAUCUGAAGUUUUAUCUGUAGAACUAUGUUAAUCUAAGCAUCAUUUUAGUGUGAUAGUGUCACAUCAGCUGCCAUCAUCUUAAACCAUGAUUCCAUCAGGGUCUUCGAAUUCCAUCGGUGGCGCUCAGUCAGUUAACCCCUCUCUUCUCCGGUCAAAUUCAGGCUUGCUUGGAGGAUCCCAGCCUGGUUCAGUUCCAUCUCAACCUCCUUUCUCUUCUCUGGUGUCCCCUCGCUCCCAAUUUAACAGCAAUAGCUUGCUUGGUAGUAUAUCAAAUGUCCCACCUCUCAGCAAUUCAUUCGGGAACGGAGGACCUGUUGGGGGCCUUUCCUCGCCACCAGCAAAUCUUCAGCAGCAUGGUGGAUUUGGUGCCGUUGAUACAGUUAUCUCUGCUGGGACUAAUCCUUUGUCAUUCACAGCUUCGGCAACCCAAAGCCAGGGCCAACAACAAUGUUUUCAGAAUCCUUCAAGCAGCCAAGUUCUUGCGGACCAACCACAGUUUCAAAUUGAUGCAGUGCUCAAUUUCCAGCAGCAGUUCUCUCUUCCACCAAGUCAGCAGCAACAACAGCAGCUUCUUCGGGGAGGAUUGAGUAACCUGAAUCACUUGGCACCUGUUAAGUUGGAGCCACAAAUGGGUUCCAUUAAGUUGGAACCCCAAAUGGGCCCUAAUAAUCAUAUUGGUCCAUCACAGCAAUUACAAACAUUUCGUGGCAUCAGCACAGUAAAAAUGGAGCCGCAACAAUUACAAGCCUUAAGAAGCUUGGGUCCUGUUAAAAUGGAAAACCAACAUUCAGAUCCAUCAAUGUUUUUGCAACAGCAACAGCUGCAACAGCAGCAACAGCAGCAACAUAUUUUUCAGUUAUCAAGGCAAAAUUCUCAUGCUGCUGCUGCACAAUUGAGUUUCUUGCAGCAACAAAGGAUUUUUCAGUUGCAGCAGCAGCAGCAACAACAACAACAACAGCAGCAGAUUGCUAAAACUCUACCUCAGCAACGAAGUCAGCUGCACCAACAGCUUCUCCAACAAAAUCUACCAAUUAGAACUGCAAUGAAAUCAACAAUGUAUGAGCCAGGGAUGUGUGCUCGGAGGCUAACCCAGUAUAUGUACCAUCAGCAACACCGACCACAGGACAACAACAUUGAAUUCUGGAGAAAAUUUGUAGCUGAGUAUUUUGCUCCGGAUGCGAAGAAGAGGUGGUGCGUCUCUCUUUAUGGAACUGGUCGUCAAACUACUGGUGUUUUGCCACAGGAUGUGUGGCACUGUGAGAUAUGUACCCAUAAACCUGGACGUGGUUUUGAAACUACUGUCGAGGUUUUACCGAGGCUCUUCCAAAUAAAAUAUGCUAGUGGCACCUUAGAGGAACUUCUGUAUGUUGACAUGCCCCGUGAGUAUCAGAAUGCCUUGGGUCAAAUUGUGUUGGAUUACUCCAAGGCAAUUCAGGAGAGCGUCUUUGAGCAAUUACGAGUAGUGCGUGAUGGCCAUCUCCGGAUUGUUUUCAAUCCCGAUCUAAAGAUAUCUUCAUGGGAGUUCUGCGCUAGGCGCCAUGAGGAGCUUGUUCCUCGGAGAGUAAUCAUUCCUCAGGUUAGCCAACUUGGUGCUGUGGUACAAAGGUAUCAGGCGGCAACUCAAAAUGCACCAUCAGGCCUACCAAUACAGGACUUACAAAACACUUGUAACUCGUUUGUAGCAUCUGCUCGUCAAUUGGCCAAAGCUCUGGAAGUACCAUUGGUAAAUGAUUUAGGGUAUACAAAAAGAUAUGUUAGGUGCCUUCAGAUAUCUGAAGUGGUCAACAGUAUGAAGGAUCUGAUUGAUCAUAGCAAAGAAACUGGAGUUGGACCAAUAGAAAGCCUGAUUAACUUCCCCGGAAGACAACAGCAAAUCAUUGAUCAGAAUGCAAAUCAUAACAAUCCGAGCUCUAUGCAUGCCGCAGGUUUGCAAAUUUCUGCGGCCAGCAAUGACGUUGGUACGAACAACUCCCUUGAUGCUGCUUCAUCUUUAUCUGCAUCAGCUGCUGCCAUUGUUGGCACCCCCCAAAAUUCUAUGAAUACUGAGCAAGAAAAGCAGAUGAAUUCUUUGAGCAACCCGUACGCUGGAAAUAAUGUACAGAUUCCUUCUGCCAGCUCAUCGAAUUCGGUACCUCCUUUCAAACCUUCGUGUAGCAACAACCCAGUUUCGAUCUCACAGAAUGCUACUCACCUGAGCACUACUUCUGCAAGUUUGGCUAUGUUACAAGAAAAUGAUGUGAAUGAUUCACAGAGCUCUGUCCAGCAAAUUCUACAAGAACUGAUGAUGUCUUCACAGUUGAAUGAUGUGAACCCAAUGGAAACCGAUAUGAAGCCAAUUAAUGGGAUGCAUCCAACCUUGAGUGCAAUGGCACCGAGCUUGAACGCGGGGACUGGUUUCACAGCUUUGUAUGGAACUGGUACAUCUGCUUCAGCGAGUGGGAUGCGAGCAGCAAUGACAACUAAUGGCAUGGUUAUGAAUGGGAGGCAUGGAACAAUUCCACUUCCUCACGAUCCGACAGCUAUUAACCGUCAAUCGCAAGAUUUGAAUAACCAACUAUUGGACAGGUUAGAAGCUGUUAACAAGUUUGAUAAUCUACAAUUCGAUUGGAAGUCUUCUCCAUAGAAGUUUACUCAGUGCACAAGUGGCUUCGUCAGAUGAUGAAUAGUCGUGCUGCGCGCCACCAAAGAUAGUGAAAACCUAUACGCCCGCUCGAUCGCCGCUCAGCUAAUUUCUUCCAAAGAUAACAUGUAACAUCCUUUUUUCUAGUUUCAUUCACACAGCUUCUAAUUUUCACAAAUAUAUUGCUGUUUACCGGGUAUGAUGCGAGCAAGACACAUCUAGUUAUCAAUUGGAAACCGGUGUAUGCGAGUGUAGCCAUUCCUCUAUUUCAAAUAUGUAACGUGAGAUAGUCUCCCAAGUGUUAGGAGAGUGGUUGUUGAUGUUGUGCACAAGUAAUGGUGUUCAUAAAGUGUUUUUCUCAUAGAGAAAAUUGUAUCGGAACAAUUAAUGUCUUGAGAAUGAAGCAACAAGAAGUAUUUUAUUA